AUGCAUAUUGUCGGCUACUCGUCCAUAUACGACAAUGCAGCGCAGGCAAAACCCUCUCCGGCGGGACUGACUGUUAUUGGCGUCUUUUUCAAAAUGACGAAUGAGCCGGCUGAAUCAAGCCUUUCGAAAAUGGGCAACCUCUUAUCUGCAAUCGGCAGUCUCACUAACGCUAGAUCGACAGCUAACGUGAGCUACUUCGAUCCCAAGGUCCUUUUGCCUGAAAACAAAGAGUUCUUCCGUUAUCAGGGUUCUCUUACCACACCACCAUGCACAGAGAAUGUUCAGUGGACGAUGUUGAGACAUGCUCUGCAUGUGACCGAGGCAGAUCUGAAGAAGUUGCGAUCUCUGCGUUUUGGUGACAGCGAUGGCGGUAAACCGAUGCAGGAUAACUUUCGCCCAGUGCAGCCGCUGACUGCCGAACAGGCUCCCCAACCGCGGGUGUUGUAUAAGUCCUGGUCUUCGGCCUCAACUCAUCUUGCAGCUGGACUCUGCAUGAUCAUACUAGGUAUCACCUUCAGCUCACUUUCAAACUGA